AUGUUGAGGCAUUGGGGGUUUGCUGUGUUCCUGUUAACUGUCCUGAUACCGGUCCAAUCCAGACCCACUAACACUCUCAACAACAGACAGAGACGUUCAGUAGGUCACGCCCAGAUGAUGCACGACAGGGGCCGAUCCCUGCACGACUGGAAGAGGCGUAAGUUGAUACAGGAACUGUUUGAGCGGGUGCACACGGCUCAGAGUUGGGACUCCCCGUAUCAGAGCGAAGGAAGCGUCCAGACCCCGCUGUGGUCCACCGUCCACUGUCCCAAACCCAUUGGCAGCAGCAAAAACUUCCCCUUGAGCUUUCAAAUAGGGACUAUAGGGAUGAGAGACAACCUACCGCAAGAGACCAGCAAGACCCUGAGAUAUGAGGAACAGCCACUGAAAGCUGUGACGAAGAGGAAGAGGAAGAUGGGUUUGGGCAGAUUGAGAGACCCAGACAGGAGGAAAGACAGGGGGUGUGUCUUCCAUACGCAAAUACCGAUGAGAGACCAAUGAAAGAGCCUGGACACCACAAGAGUGAAGGGACGAUCACACUGACAGCGAUCUGAAGCACAGUAAUCUGAAAUGAAGCAGACUUUAUGCAAAUGAACAGUGACACAAUAUGGUCACAUGAUCUGCUGCACCUACAAGGAGAGACUUCGGCGUCAGUGAACGCAUCUUUAAAUUGUAAACAUCCUGGUGUUAAAGACUUUCGCCAUGGCAUGGGAUACAAGGACUCUUUUGAGAACCCACUUUAUUUUUCAUUCACAAUAAAGGCUUAUAUGGAAGCUUGUUUCCGCUAUGAAAUGAAAAAAAAAAAAACGUAAUUGCGACUUUAUAUCUCACAAUUCUGACUUUUUUCUCACAAUUUUUCUCAGAAUUACGAGAUAUAAUCCCACAAUUGCGAGUUAUAAAGUCAGAAUUGUCUGAUAUAAACUCGCAAUUGUGUGUCCAACUUCGCAAUUCUAACUUUCUGACUUUAUAUCACGCAAUUCGGACUUUAUCCCGCAAUUCGGACUUUAUAUCACGCAAUUUCGACUUUAUCACGCAAUUCUGACUUUAUAACUCGCAAUUCGGACUUUAAAAACUCACAAUUCGGAGUUUAUAUCACGCAAUUCUGACUUUAUAACUCGCAAUUCGGACUUUAAAAACUCGCAAUUCGGACUUUAUAUCACACAAUUCGGACUUUAUCACGCAAUUUGGACUUUAUAACUUGCAAUUCGGACUUUAAAAACUCGCAAUUCUGACUUUAUAUCACACAAUUCUGACUUUAUAUCUCGCAAUUCGGACUUUACAUCUCGCAAUUCAGACUUUAUAUCUCGCAAUUCGGACUUUAAAAACUCGCAAUUCUGACUUUAUAUCACACAAUUCUGACUUUAUGUCUCGCAAUUCUGACUUUAUAUCUCGCAAAUCUGACUUUAUAUCACACCCUUCUGACUUUAUAAAUCACAAUUGCGAGUUUAAAUCUCGCAAUUCUGAAAAAAAGUCAGAAUUGUGAGAUAAAAAGUCGCAAUUACCUUUUUUAUUUUUUUUUAUUUGGUGGCAGAAACAAGCUUCCAUAGCCUUUGCCUUUAUUAUAAACUCUCUAAACAAUUCUCUAUUUUAGAGCCUUAAUUGAUAAGUAGAAUAUGCUUCAUAUACAAACUAAUUUGCAUAUGUUACAAUUAGAUUAGCCUGUUUUAAAUGUAUUCAUUCAGUCAGACAUUUCGUGUAAUAUUUAAUUUAUUUGAUUGGAAUAUUUAUUUCCUGAAUGUAUCUCAAUGCUGCUGAUUUUGAUGAGAUUUUUAAAAUGCACUUUAGAUAGUUAUGCUGGUCUACAUUAAGUAUUUUUUCUAUCUUUUACAUUUUAUUAUAACGCUUUUCUUUUAUUUUAGUUAAUGUUCUGCUAUUUUCAAUAAAUAAAUUGAUGAGCAAUACACAAUAAAGCUGAAAAAUGAAAUACAA